GCCCUAGCUAAUCCUGAUGUAGUACAUGUGCGUGGGUGUGGAGCACGUCACCGUUUCCAAGACCCAUCGCCGUCCCGCUUUCCCGUAACCUCCCCUUCGUCUUGCCUCCUACCCUCUUGCUGCUACUCUAUGUGCUUAAACAAUGUGCUGCGUGCUUAACACUAUCGUCCUAUCAUCAGCUGAUAAUAAUACUCCUAUAAAACAAGUACGAGCAGUACCCCGCUGCAUCAGCGCGAAUCACGGGCUUAAGUUGGCUAACAAACGCAUCUCUUUUGCCAUUCCGAAGCAAAGGCGCGGCAGCUCGCUCGCUCUGGCCUUAACCUCCUUCCUUUCCAAGGCAAGCAAGGCAAAGCAAAGCAAGCGAGAGCGAGAGCGAUGGGAGGAGGAGACCUGCAGCGGCGAGGCGGCGCGGUGCGGUUCAGGAUGCCGCGGCGCCGGGCGCUGGCGGCGGGGCCGCCGCUGCUGCCCGGGGCGGCGGCGGCGCAGGGGGAGCGCGGGAAGAGCAGGAGGAAGAAGAUGGCGGUGGCGCGGCUGGGCGGCGGCCGCGGGGGCUUCUUCGGGGCCGUCAGGCGGCUGCGGAUGCGGUGGGUGGCGGCGGCCUACCGGCGGGCGCUGCGCCGGCUGCGCGCCUUCUACGCCCGGGCGCUGGAGGACCUCCUCGAGGGCGCGGCCGCCAUCAGCACGAUGCAAUCAAACUACGCCGGCGCUGACUGCUCCUUCGGCACCGCCUUCGCGCCCGCCGUCACCGCCGGCAACCGCUACUGACGUACGCCCCCCGCGCCGCGCGAGGAUCUGAUGGAGCGGGAGAUCGAGCACGCCGUCCGUGUGUAGUGGUACUCGUCGCGUGUUUGACUCAGCUGCUUGGGAUCGAGCGACGUGCUAUCUCCUUGAUCUGUACGUGUACGUACGUAUAAAUUCUGUUGUUUAAAUUAGCUAGCAUGUUACUCCUGCUGCUACUUAAUUUCUGAAUCAGAGGACAGCAGAUGAUGAUAAAUUAAGCGAGGAAAGAAAGAAUCAAACUUCUUUCCCUUCGAGUGUUGUUCAA